AGGGCGAGCGCAGCGGGCGCGCGUCCCGCAGCCCCACGCCCCUGCCUCGCUCACCGCCCGCACCAUGAAGCACAUCCCGGUCCUCGAGGACGGGCCCUGGAAGACCGUGUGCGUGAAGGAGCUGAACGGCCUCAAGAAGCUCAAGCGGAAAGGCAAGGAGCCGGCGCGGCGCGCGAACGGCUAUAAAACUUUCCGAUUGGACUUGGGAGCGCCUGAGCCCGGCGGCGCCGCCACCAACGGGCUGCGGGACAGGACCCAGAGGCUGCCGGCGGUCCCGGCCCCGGCGCCCGAGGUCUUGGACGCGCGGAAACGCAGCUUCACCUUGGGCGCAGUGGGGCCAGGACUCCCCACGCCACCACCGCCGCCGCCUCCAGUGCCCCAAGGCCAGGCAUCAGGGGGUUCCGAGGCACAGCCUUUUCGGGAGCCCAGCCUGCGUCCCCGCAUCUUACUGUGCGCGCCGCCCGCGCGCCCGGUACCGUCUGCGCCCCCUGCACCCCCGGACUCCUCCGUGCGCCCUGCGCCCCCCACGCGCCCUGGGGAAAGUUCCUACUCGUCAAUUUCACACGCAAUUUACAAUAACCACCCGGAUUCCUCGGCGUCGCCUAGGAAACGGCCGGGCGAAGCGACCGCCGCCUCCUCGGAGAUCAAAGCCCUGCAGCAGACCCGGAGGCUCCUGGCGAACGCCAGGGAGCGGACGCGGGUGCACACCAUCAGCGCAGCCUUCGAGGCGCUCAGGAAGCAGGUGCCGUGCUACUCAUAUGGGCAGAAGCUGUCCAAGCUGGCCAUCCUGAGGAUCGCCUGCAACUACAUCCUGUCCCUGGCACGGCUGGCCGACCUCGACUACAGCGCCGACCACAGCAACCUCAGCUUCUCCGAGUGCGUGCAGCGCUGUACCCGCACCCUGCAGGCCGAGGGCCGUGCCAAGAAGCGCAAGGAGUGAGUGGCUGUGGGCCAGACGAGGAUGCCGCUGUGGGCCUCUGUGCCAUCAGGCCUGAGAAGGAGGUGAACCUGCCAAUCUGGCUUCGUGGUCAACAGGAUGCUUUCAGACGCUCUGCCCACCGCCCUCAGUGUGGACAGGAGCACACCUGACCCCUCGGCCUGCCCCACCCAUGCCUGGCCACUCCAUGGUGACUUCGCACUUUGCCUUCUGCCUGGCGGGGAGGCGAGAGCCUUUGCCUUGCUCGGUCCUGAGGCCCAUUAUCAGCUGCAGAAAUUCAUUGCCAAAGAUUCAACAGACACUGACCGGGAUGGGGUGACGACACCCCGCAGUGAAGGCCACACCAUCGCUCUGACUUUUCCUCAUCCUGGUGCCCGAGUCCCAUCUCUAACCAAAGACGGGUCAGCAGUCCCCCAGGGACUCAUGGAAGGGAUGGACCUUUGGUGACUGUUGGAAGCACUCGACCCUUGGACCUGGUGCCCUCUCUGCACCGGGCUCUGCACUGGCUAGGUGCAAGAAGAGCCUUCUGGGACUGUGAGAGGGAGGCUAGGGGUGCUUGGGAGACAGGGAGCCCCAACACCCACCUCCCACUGGCUGCCAGGACUCUGACCCUGGUCCUCAAUGUUCCCUGGGCCCAGGCUCCUCUUUGUGCCCUGAGGAUGACCGGCAGGGAGUAAGAGGGAAAGGAAGCAAUAGUACCCCAUCCCCUGCCCCAGGGACUUGCCCCAGGCCACCUGCUGAGGACCUUUGCCUCCCAGCCAGCCCUGCUGGCCACUCCUUGUCGGAGUCCAACCCUCAUGGCUGGGCAGACAAGAUGCCGCCUGCUUGGAGGCCCACGGUCCACUGGAGUGUGCAGGAGGGACAGGGAGAAAGGGACCAGGGGAAUGGGCCAGUGUGUAGGGAGGGGGCAGUUCAAAGUCAAGGCCUGCUCCUUCCUUGUGCUCAAAAGGCCAAAGCUGUUCACAUCUGUGCUCAACCAUCUACUUCAAAUUGAAGUAAAAGCCCCAACGU